CUCUAAUGGUCAAUGAUGUUCUAGAUUAUCAGGCCUUAAUUUGAAUUGAUAUUGAAAAAGAAAAAGAAAAAAAGAAAAGAAAGAAUCAGAACAAAGGAGGCAAAACGACGUCAGAUAAUAUCAGAAUAAGAUGGGUAAGAGAAAAAUCUAAUGGUUGAAUCCUAUUGGUUACCUUAUCCACUUAAUCCAACAAACUCUAGCUUCUCAUUUCGCAAUAUUAUCUCUUUUCUCUUCUCAUCAAAACAUACCAAUAAGCAAUUUGCUCAUUAGAGAACAGAGAAAAAAAAAACAAUGGCAACUCAAGCCGCCGGGAUCUUCAACUCCGCCAUAACAACCGCCGCAACCUCCGGCGUCAAGAAACUCCACUUUUUCUCAACAACCCACCGUCCCAAAUCCCUCUCCUUCACCAAAACCGCAAUCCGCGCCGAGAAAACAGAUUCCUCCGCCGCCGCUGCUGCAGCCCCCGCCACGAAAGAAGCUCCCGUGGGAUUCACGCCACCGCAGCUAGACCCAAACACACCGUCUCCGAUCUUCGCUGGAAGCACCGGUGGUCUUCUACGUAAAGCGCAAGUGGAAGAGUUCUACGUUAUCACGUGGAACUCACCGAAAGAACAGAUCUUUGAGAUGCCGACAGGAGGAGCAGCGAUCAUGAGAGAAGGUCCGAAUCUUCUGAAGCUAGCGAGGAAAGAGCAGUGUUUAGCUUUGGGGACAAGGCUUAGAUCCAAGUACAAGAUCACUUACCAGUUUUACAGAGUGUUUCCUAACGGUGAGGUUCAAUAUCUUCAUCCUAAAGAUGGUGUUUAUCCAGAGAAGGCGAAUCCAGGAAGAGAAGGUGUUGGUCUCAACAUGAGAUCUAUUGGGAAAAAUGUUAGUCCCAUUGAAGUUAAGUUUACUGGCAAACAAAGUUAUGAUUUGUAAGAUCUGUAAACUAAAAAAACCAAAAACUAUGUGCAUGUGGUGAUGAUUAUGACUAUGUUUCAUGUUAAUUUUUAAUGGAUUUUGUUUUGAUAAUUUGUUGUUCCAUUUGGUUUAAUGGAUCUUUUAUGGGCCUAAACUAUAACGUAAUUUUGGAAGGCAUAUGUUGGGCUUUAAUGGGCCGGUUGAGUAGAAAAAGGAAAGUUAAAAUCAUUAUCG